AUGCCCCUCAACACGAGCGCCCCCGCCCGCUACACCAACGUCGACGCGCCCUACACCUCUGGCUCCACCUGGCUCGAGAAGGAGCAGCGCGGCAACCGUCGCUCCAAGUUCAUCGUCAUCGGCUCGCUCCUCGCGCUCGUCAUCAUCGGCGUCGGCGUCGGCGUGGGGGUCUCGCUCACGAAGAAGCACAGCUCGUCCGGCAGCAGCGGCUCCUCGUCGAGCGUCGUCAACCAGACCGACUCGAGCGACCCGAGCACGUUUGUCAAGGAUGACCGGCUCAAGCAGUCCUUCUGGGGCAUCGCGUACACCCCCACCAACUCCCUCUACCCUGAUUGCGGCAACAGCCUCUCGGACAUCAUCACUGACAUCCAGCUUAUGUCGCAGCUCACUACUCGCCUCCGCUUGUACGGCGCGGAUUGCAAUCAGUCGGCCCUGGUGCUUGAGGCGAUCAAGCAGACAAAGGUGAACAUGACUGUGUGGCUCGGAAACUACCCAGACGCUACGGACCCAGCACCAUACGUGCGCCAACGUGACGCUAUCAUCGACGCCAUCCAGACCUACGGCACGGACCACAUCUCUGGUAUCACCGUCGGCAACGAGUUCAUCCUCAACUACCUCGGCUCCAACGGUGGCACGUCCGCGAACGACGCCGUCGGCAAUGCUGGCGCCGACCUCCUCAUCGCCAACAUCACCGACACUCGUAGCGCUGUUGCGGCCCUAGGCGUCUCGAUCCCUAUCGGAAACUCGGACGCGGGCAGCUAUAUCAACAACAAAGUGCUGGCCGAGGUCGACUACGGGAUGGCGAACAUCCACGCCUGGUUCGCGGACAUCGGCCCCGCGGCCGGCGCGGGUUGGGUGUGGGACUUCUUCCAGGAGACGAACAUCGCGCAGGCCAAGGCGCUGUCGAACAACCCGACGAUGUACGUCGCCGAGACGGGCUGGCCGUCGGCCGGUAACGACACCGCGACGUCGAACAAUGGCGCGGCGGACGCGUCGGCGGCCAACCUCCAGGUGUUCAUGGAUAACUACGUCUGUCAGGCAAACACCAACGGCACCGGCUACUUCUUCUUCGAGUUCAAGGACGAGGAGUGGAAGGACAAGCAGUACGGUGGUGUUGAGGGCCACUGGGGUCUUUUCUACUCGAACAAAACGUUGAAGGAUAUCACCAUUCCUUCCUGCUCAUAA